UCGAACACGCCGCUCGCGAUCGCGCUCUCAUUCGGUUUUCCGUUUUCGGUUUUCGGUUUUCCAGCCUUCCAGCUUUUCAGCUUUUCACAACUCUUCAGAUUUUCCGUGUCGGUUUUCAGAUUUUUUUUUUCUCUUUUUCGGCCCGAUCAUUUUCCGUUUCGGUUUCCAUUUCCUUGGCGCUUCAUUUAACACAACCGCUUAAACUGAAAGCCUGCCAAUCGAUCUAAAUCUAAAUUUAAUUGUGUUUUGUUGAUUGUCGCGCUGCACUUGAUUUUUUUCUUCGUGUGGUUUUGUACGCUAAUUGCCUGAAUGGCAAAGGCAAAGUGCAAAGUGUGACAGUGCAAGAGAUAAAGAGCAAGAGCGAGACAGAGAGAGAGAGAGAGAGAGAGAGAGGGAGAGAAGGACUCCGGGCCUAAUCUUCGAAAGCUGAACUUGUAAUUCGCGCUCAGCGAUGUGGUGCGAGCUUUGGAAUUGCCGCCGAGCAACACCACAAUCUGGAGCGGGAAGUGCCACUGGAUCGGGAAAGGGAACGGGACUGGGAGGUUGGCGGAGAACUGGAGGGCAGGGACAGUGGGGCGAGCAGAUGUAGUCGGCAGUUAGAGCACAGCCACCGUUGCCACCGCCACCGUCAGAUGAUCGAAUGGUGGUGAUCCUCCUACUGUCGCCAUGCACUUGCAGCCGCAGCAGCAGCAGCCACGCCCACUCCCACGCCCCACCCAAGCACCACCAAGCACAACCACCAUCACCGCCGACAGCCAAAAGUGGAGAUUCCCGGAGCAGCAAUGAAUCUUCAUCGGCAUCCACGGGCGACACAGCCAUUCCGGCUGGAUAUCUGCAGCUGCACCACCAGAAACAGAAACAGAAACAGAAACAGGAGCAACAGCCGUUGCACCACCAACAACAGAAUCAGCAAAACCCGGAGCAAUAUCCCCACCAACCUAGUCAUAGUCAUAGCACAACACCACUGCCCGUUUUCGGCCACGGAAGAUGGUUGCCCCUGCUGCAACCACCGAACGCCGUGCCCAAGCCACCGCGCACCCAUGGCAUCCAUUGGCCACCUAGUGUCUAUCCUGCCCAACCACCCAACCACCAACCGAUCAUCUUCCGCGUCCAAUCAUCACUGCCCAACGGGAGCUUUACUAACGCCACCACCACAACAACCACCACCACUGACUACGUGCGUCACGUGACCCGCGUUAACUUCUACGACAUUGAUACUUCGCAGGUCGAAUUCGAGCCCAAAGAUGACGAGGAGAGCAACGAGGCCACGGCAGGCAAUUGCGAUACAGAAGCUAUUACCAAAGAAGAGGAGUGGAUAACGAAGCGCAAGACAGAACUCACAACUACCAGACAGAUUGAAACGAGGGUGAAGCGACAAGUUAAGCUGCAGGAUGGCAAGGUGAUCGAGGACUCCGGUCCCAUUGUCUCCACCAACACAACCGAGGACACCGAUAAACAGGAGACGGAAACCACUGAGAAACGCGACCUUGACCUGCCGGAUGACCUCGAUAGCAAUGCCCAGCUGAUCGACGUGGCCGCUCUGCAGGCGGGCGCCCAGAAUGAGACGCAGCUGGCCCAAAUUCAAGAGGUAUUUGGACCGGCAGACGGAGCAGGGAAGCUGGUCAAGCGAAUGGUUCCACGUCCUGCGGAUGGGCUAGUGCGACAAACGGACGACAAGCGGGUGAUCUCGCACGAGGAGAUCAAGGAUUACCACGAAACGGAGGACGUCAAGCACCACGGCGACUUCACAGAUCAGACCUACGUGAACGCAGUGCGCGACGGAGUUGAGAACCUCGAGGCCGUGCUCUGUUCGCCGGAGAGCCAGCGCCAAUUGGUGCCGCUCGGGCCGCAGGUGGUGGCCAACAGAAGCAAGUCCCGCAAGACGAUCGACUCGGAGGACACGCAGAAGCGCUGUCUGGCCCAGGAGGACGGCACCCUGGUCACCGAGAGCCGACGCACCACCGAGCACGAGCUGAUCGUCGACGACGAGCUCCCCGAUCCCCCCGCCGCCACUUCCGAUGACCGCGGCCUGCAGCUUCAGGUGGGCGAGCAGGUGACCACCACGGCGGCCAACCAGCGCUUUUUCCGGCAGCGGGACGAGCAGCAUGUGGACGUGCUAGCCAACGGCCGGCUCCACUCCACCGAGAUGCGCUACGCCGCCGAGACCACGCAAAUGGACAAGGACGGGCCCGCCGACCUGGAGCGUCCGGGCGACUGGGACAGUCUCUCCGACCGGAUGCGCAAGCUGCGCCGCUCCCAGCAGCAGCAACAGAAGGAGGUGGCCCUCCUGGCGGAUCGCAAGGAUGCGCUCACCAAGCGUCCGCUGGACUUUGAUCGCGAGGAGGAGACGCGCAAGGGCGAGACGAUGAAGUGGCUGGAGUCACACUUUGGCAGCGAAUCCACCGCCUCCAACGACUCCCGCGAUGACGAGGCCGAUGCGGAGGUGGAGCCCACCAAAAAGAGCUACUUCAAUGUGACGAUCAAGUCGCAGAGCCAACCGCAGGCGCACAUCCAUGCCCAAUCGCACCUGGCCACCCAGCAGCAUCCGCACCCGCAGCACACGCAUGCCCAUCAUCCCCAAACUCUGCCCAGAAGCGCUGAGCGCGAGAGGGAAAGGGAGAGGGAGAGGGAAAGGGAGCGCGAGCGGGAAAGAGAUCGUCAUCCUCUGACCAUGACAACAUCCGCCACUCUGGAACGGAAGCAACAGUCCAAUUCGGCAGCAGGGCGCUCCAAGUACUUCCAGGGCAUAUCGAACUGGUCGGAACGCAAGGAUCCCGGUCCUCCGGUCAACCACUUCUCAUCGCAAGCCUUUCGCGAAGACCUGCAGGAGACCAUCCGGCGGAAUAGCCUCAAAAAAAAGGUCAGCUCCAGCCAGGGAUCUGGCCUGGCCCCGGACACCACGGGUCAGCCCAAGGAUAGCUAUGUCAGCCGUGAGGAUAUUCUGCAGCAGAAGCGUCAGAGCUUAUCCUCGCAGUUCUUGGCCCGUUCGACGCGGGGCUCUCGCGACACUCUGGACGACCUGGAGGCCAUACCGGGACCAGGGCUAGGACCAGGACCAGGACAAGGACCAGGACCAGCCCGGGCCGAAGAGCCCUCGCACAAGCGAGUGGCCUACGGUCAUUUGGGCGGCAACACUGGAACCGGCAGCAAUAUGAAUGGCCAUGCGGCGAAUGGAGCUGCACCCGUUCUGGUGAAUGGCCGGGGCAAGAGCUAUGAGUCGCCUGCUCCUCCUCCGCCGGCGGCAAUGUCCGCACUGGAGUUUGGCGGGAACAGCGGCGGCAGUGGCAGCCAGCUGGGUCUCAAUCCGCGACCCACCGUUCCGCAACGACGACGUGCCAUCGAAAAGAAGCUGGGCGAGCACAGCCAUACGUCGCACCCGUUGCACACCGCUCAUCUGCCAGUGGUCAAGUCGCAGGCUCCGCUGCCCUCGCAGGUUAGCCAUCUGGAGCCACCGCCGGACUACUCGCCGCCGCCCAGGAGUCGCAGUCGGUCGUCCUCGCCGCAGGUGGAUUACCUGAUGACCAGAGAGGUGCCUGCCAGCACGAUGACUCUGAGCCGAAAGCAGCAGCAGCGCACGCGAUUCGCACCCACGUCCAGCUAUCCGCCGGCAACUGGAGGAGCUGGUAAUCUCCGGCCACAGGGAGCCACCUCCGCCUCCACCUCGAAUCUCUCGGCCAUGAGCGGUGGCGUCGGCGGAGGAGGAGGAGGAGGAGGCAGUACCUCCAAGUCAAGCCGCAUGGGCCAGGUCAUUGGCAAUUCGCUGCGGAAACUGGUCAGCAAAAUCCGGUCGGCCAGUGCGGAGCGCAAGUUCCGCAUGAAAUCGGCGGCCAGCAAGUCGCGCGAACAAUCGCCCAGUCCAGGACAUGAUCCCCGAGGAUUGGGUCCGCCGGUGACCACCUACCAGCAAUACAAUGUGAUCGAUGGGCACAUAGGUAGCCACGAUUCUGAGGACUCCACCAGCGACAAUCAGCGGCGAAGGGAGAGGGAGCGGGAGAGGGAGAGGGAGCGCGAAAGGGAACGGGAACGAGAUCGCGAUCCUCCCAAACAGGAGACGCCAUCCCGGCAGAAUUUCAAGCGCGCCGAGUCCGCUGACCCACAGCUGCAGCACCUGGAGCAGGCCAUAAGUCCAAGGCAAAGGUACUACCUGGGCGAAGAUCCCUACUCCAGCACACUCUACGGCAAGGAGAACCUCUACGAACGGCGCCCACGUCAGCGCAAUAACUUGAAUCGCCCGGAUGAGCGAAUGGAGCGAUUGGAGCGGCUGGAACGGGAGGAUGACUACUACGAGUCGAGGGCUCCGCCGCCGGUGACCUCUUCCCACACGUUAGGUCGCUACCAGAAGCAUGGCCAGCGAUUCAGUGGGUCCACGCCCAAUCUGCACCAGCAGCAGCAGGAUUACCGCUCAGCCCAGACGCUGCCGCGCAAAUUGCACGAGCAGCGCACCCAGAGAUUCGGUAACGCCAUGGAGAAGCAGCCGGCUCCGGGCAGGGGCAGCUACCUUUCAGCCCCUGGACAACAACAGCAGCCAAGGGGGCUUUCCCAGACCCAGAAUCAGAAUCAGAAUCCUAACCAAAACCCAAACCCAAGCCAGAUACAAACGCAGGGACCGGCGAAACCAGCUCGCACCUAUGCAAAGGUCCUCAAUCGCAGCAAGAGCUUCAAUGUGCACGGCAUGAAUGGCAGCAACGAUCCUAGUCCCAUCUACAUCGAGAAGCUGACCCGCAACAACUAUCAGCCGCGGCAGGAGCCGAACUUCGGGUAUGGGUUGGGCCAGGGACCCAACGCCAACUACAAGUCCAACCCACACCUCUUCUCCGGCAAGGACAACUCGCUGAAGAGCGGCUUGAAGAGUCCAUCGAUUGUGAACCUGAUCAGUCGCAGCCAGAAGGAUCUGACCAAGAUCGCUGGCAACGAGGAGGAUGAGGGCAACUACCCGGAGCAGGACAAGAAGCAGCUGUAUCUGCGGGGUCUUCACCAGCAGGCCCCAGAUCUGUACCGUGUGAUCCAUGGCGACGAGGAUUACGGAUCGAGAAAGUAUCCGCUGCAGGCCAAGUAUUCGCUGGACUCGCGUUCGCCGCCGUCCGUGGAGCUCAACAAGGACACGGCCAGCAUCGUGCGGCGCAGCAGCGAGGUGGAUCAUCAGCAGAGCCUCCACCACCACCACCAACAGCAGCACCACCACCAUAUCCAGGGCCACCAGCAGCAGAACUUGCGUCGUGGUUCGGGAGCCACCAUCAUUGAGCUGCGCACCGCCGGCGGCAGCCAUCGCAAGUGAUCUGCCAUCCUUCCGAAAUGAUCCUAUAAUUUAAAACCGAUGUCGAAUUUCCCAUAUAAUAUGUUAUUUACCCAAGUCGAACUAUAUACAGCUGCGAUCAAAAUAAUAUUAACUUUUUAGCUUGUGGAAAAGGCAAAUUAAGCAACUUUUGAACACCUUUUUUUCAUUUUUGAGAAAUUAUGUUAAAACGAAACCGCAUUUAAAGAAAGUAAAACUUUUGAUUGGAAGAAAGCGUUUAUUAAGAGAAAGAGGAUUUUAAGUUGUUUUCUUAGGGAUUUCUAAAAUACUUUACUAUUGUUCAUUUAAAAGCAAAUUCUUCGGAAUUUUAAAAAAAAAUAAUUUUCUUGAAUUUUUUAUCUCAUUUUGUUUAUGAAAUUAUACUAAGCCUUAAAAGUAUUUUUACUUAAUAUAAAGGGCUAUAUUUUUUCACUACUAUUAUUUUGACCGCAACUGUAUACUUACACUCGAAAGCAAUCUUCUGGAACCGGAAUUUUUUAUUUUAUAAUUUUAUGUUUUGUUUACACACUGUUGUGAAUUAUUUUCUAGAGUUCGCUCGCAUUGGGAAAGUACGACUAUACAUAUCCCUGCCAGGAUCCCUAAUCCCUAACUAUUUGCUAACAAAUGCUCGGCCUUGGGCUUUAGUUUCAUUUGACAAGCAGCAAAUAAAAAUCAAAGGCCAAUCAA